GCUACCAUGGCCUUCGCCGCCUCCCCUUCCCUCUCCUCCCUCGCCGCCGCUUCCUCCUCCUCCUCCGCGGCCUCCGCCGCCGCCGUCGCGAUCUCCUCCUCCUCCUCCUCCCCAUCAAACCCCUCUCGCGAGCUCUCACCCAGGCUAUUCUCCCCACUGCCCCCCAAACCCCAUUCCCUCUCCUGCUCCGGGACACAAGCCCCACGCGCCACCACCGGCGACGGAUCGGGCGCCGCGGGGGACCGCGGGAGCGGCUCCGGAGGAAACAGCGGCAAGGGUGGAGGCGGCGGCAGCGGCAGCGGCGGCGGCGACGACGACGACGACUACGAGGAGGCCGAGUUCGGGCCCCUGCUCGGGUUCGAUGAGGUGCUGCGCCUCGCCGCGGCACGCGGCGUCUCGCUCCCGGCCGACAUGAUGGAGGCGGCCAAGGAUGCUGGCAUCCGGGAAGUCCUGUUGCUCCGCUACUUCGAUCUGCAGGCAGGGCCAUGGCCUCUAGCCGCGAUGAUCCGGGCAUUCUCGAUGCUCCGCAACCGAAUGCUAGCCGACCCAUCAUUCCUCUUCAAAGUUGGAACAGAGGUUGUGAUUGACUCGUGCUGCGCCACGUUUGCGGAGGUGCAGAAGAGGGGGGAGGAUUUCUGGGCGGAGUUUGAGCUGUACGCCGCAGACCUUCUAGUGGGAGUGGUAGUUGAUAUUGCACUUGUGGGGCUGUUGGCUCCGUACGUGAGAUUUGGAAAGGCAUCUGCUUCGACUGGUCCUUUUGGGAGAUUCAACAGGAUGGCUGGAUCUUUGCCAAGCAGUGUUUUUGAAGCUGAAAGGCCAGGCUGCAGAUUCACAGUUCAGCAAAGAAUUGGAACAUUCUUUUAUAAGGGUGUCUUGUAUGGCUCGGUUGGAUUUGUAUGUGGUAUCAUUGGUCAAGGAAUUGCCAAUAUGAUAAUGACUGCCAAGAGGAGUGUCAAAAAAUCAGAUGAGGAUAUCCCUGUCCCUCCACUAAUUAAAAGUGCUGCUCUAUGGGGUGUGUUCCUUGCUGUAUCAUCUAAUACGCGCUAUCAGAUCAUCAAUGGUCUGGAGCGAGUAGUUGAGACAUCACCUAUUGCGAAACGUGUGCCACCUGUUGCAAUGGCUUUCACUGUUGGUGUCCGUUUUGCCAACAAUAUCUAUGGUGGGAUGCAGUUCGUUGAUUGGGCACGAUGGAGUGGUGUUCAAUAAUGCUUAUGAAACAGCAUUUUAUUUUUGCCUCAAGCAUGAAAAAUGGGCGAAGCUUUUGCUUUCUGUUCUUUACAUUCUUUGGGACAGAAGAAGCAGCAACAGCAGCAGCUAUGUGGAACAGUGGAGGCUAGGAACUCAUUUGCUUGUUUGAAGAGCGUAUGAAGCACGUCGCAUCACAAGGUUGGCAUGCAUGUGCCAAAAAAAUAUUUUAUUUUAACUGCUCCCUCCCUUGUUUAGCUGUUUGGGACAAACAUGAAAGUUGUUCAUCAAAUGUGCAUUAAUGAUUGAUACAACACUUUUGUCUUACAGCAAGUAAGGACCGGAUAUGUCCCUCAAAUAAUUUCUCUGUUUCGUGCUAUACAUGUGUGGAGUACAUCUA